CCACUCUUCCUCCCGUCAACACAAACCAGUAUCAAUUCAGCGAGAUAGUUCAAGAGAAUCAGCUCUGUUCUUUCAGUACCGCAACUUUGCAAGUCCACUACUACCAUACAGAAGGAUCACAAGUCAGUGUCCACUCUCCAGCAGCGCAGCAAGAACAAGGAGGAGGAGGAGGAGGAGAGAUGGCUGCUCCGGCGAAGGCGUCGUGGAUGGUGGCCAUGAGCGUGGGCGCUGUGGAGGCCCUCAAGGACCAGGCUGGACUCUGCCGCUGGAACUACGCACUCAGGUCCGUCCACCGGACAGCCAAGGCCAACGUUCGAGGCGGCGCCUCGCAGGGCAAGAAGCAGCUGCCUGCCUCCGCGGCAGCCGUGGCAGAGAGGCGGCGAGCGGAGAAUUCCGAGGAGGGGCUGAGGACGGUCAUGUACCUCAGCUGUUGGGGCCCAAAUUAGGAGUACUAGUAGCUAGGGCAUAGGGGCGCUUGUGUUCGUUGCAGCAAGAGUAACCUUGUACGAAGACAUGGCCUGAGAGACUUCCUGGUUGUCCCAUGAUCGGUUGUAAAGAUACCAUGAUGAUGAUGAAAAUUUCGCCUACGAGUUUA